GGGCCGGCGGCGGCGCCCUCAGCCACAGCCACCGCCACCGCCACAGCGGCGCUCCCGCUCUGAGCCCCACCGAGCCCCGUCCCCUGCCGGCACAGCCGCGCCGGGCCGGCACCGAGAACCGCGGGGGCUCAGCGGGGGAUGCUAAACGCGCCCCGAGGCCGCGCAGCCUGCGAGGAGACCCCGCCUCCCGGCCGCCGCAGCGUCGGCCCCGCAGCGCAGCGCAGCGCGGCAGGAGAGGAGCGCCCGCCCGAGCGGGUGUGGAAAAAUGGCAAAGAGAAUUGCAGAGAAGGAACUGACUGACCGAAACUGGGACCAGGAGGAUGAAGCUGAAGAGGUGGGAACAUUCUCUGUGGCAAGUGAAGAGGUGCUGAAGAACAGAGCWAUCAAAAAAGCAAAGCGCCGAAACGUUGGGUCAGAGUCUGAAAGUGGAGGAGCUUUUAAAGGGUUUAAAGGCUUUAUGUUGCCUUCUGGAAAAGGAGGAGGUGGCUUCAGUGGAUUUGGGAAUGGUGCAGGAAUAAAGCCUUUGGAAGGGCUGUCUAAUGGAAGCAGCAGUGUCUCCAGUACUCCUUCUUUCAGCAGUUUAAAGAGCACCUCUGAAACACAAUCAGCAUUUGGAUCCCCAGUGUCAAAUGGUCCCAGUGGCUCUGUGUUUGCUGAGAAGAAGGCCGUGAGCCCCAGAUCCAACGGUGGCAGCCAGCCCUGCUCAUCCAGCAGCAGCUCGGGCACUGCACAGGGCUCCAGCUCCUACCACAAACAGCUGGCUGCUCUCAACUGCUCCGUGCGCGAYUGGAUCGUCAAACACGUCAACUCCAACCCCCUGUGCGACCUCAGCCCCAUCUUCAGGGACUACGAGCAGUAUUUGGCAGGCAUUGAGCAGCAGCACGGAGGCAGCAGUGACAGUGGAUCUGAGAAUGAAAGCAGCAAGACCUUUGGCUCGAGGGCUGUUCCUGCCUUUGGGAGUUCAAAGCUGCAGCAAGGCUCCACGUUUUUGUUUAACAACAAAACCGAGGAUGUCUCGGACAAAAAACCUGAAGCUACRUCAGAAAAAAGAGACCCAUCGUUAGGAGCUACAUCAGCCGUCUCGUUUAAUUUUGGCAAGAGUGUKGACAGUCCUGUUUUGGGCUCCCUUGGUUCAGGAACACUUAGUGGUUUCUCAUUUUCUUCUGGGAAUUCAGGUUUGUUUGGAAAAGACGUAAACCAAGCUAAGUCUCACGCUGCAGCAUCCACCAGUUUAUUGGAAGCUCAGACAGACGGUGGUAAUAGUGAUGACAAAGGAGAAGAGGAGGAAGAAGAGCCACCAAAAGUCAUUGUUAAUGAGAUAAAAGAAGAUGAUGCUUUCUACUCAAAGAAGUGCAAACUGUUCUACAAAAAGGAUAAUGAAUUUAAAGAAAAAGGUGUAGGAACAUUACACUUAAAACCAGCAGGAAAUGAGAAAACUCAACUCUUAGUACGAGCAGAUACCAAUUUAGGAAAUAUACUGUUGAAUGUUCUAAUUCCACCUAAGAUGCCAUGUACAAGAACUGGAAAAAACAAUGUUCUUAUAGUUUGUGUUCCUAAUCCACCGAUCGAUGAGAAGAAUCCAGCUGUUCCUGUCACUAUGCUAAUAAGGGUGAAAACAAGUGAGGAUGCAGAUGAGUUGCACAAAAUCUUACUGGAGAAAAAGGAGGCUUAAAUAAGUUGCAGUCCAUAAUUUGAGGAAUUAUUGCCAAACUGCUGCUGCUCUUYUUUUCUUCCCUAACUUCACUUGAACAUUUAAUUCUUUACUUUGAUAUUAAGAACUGUUAUAGGAAUUCUGGAAAAAUGAUGUGAGGAAAAGCUAAACUAGCUAAUAAAAGCUUUACUAGAACACAAGUGUUGGACUGUGCUCCCUCAUUUUCAGUAUGUAAAUGCAGGACCUCUUCUGGAUAAAGCACAUGGAAGUAAAUCCAAGCAUGUUUUUAGCACCAGUCGACCAAAUGGACAGAAAUCUGAGUACAAAAACACGGUACCAGAGCUUCCUCACAGGCURUGAUACAAUGCAACCACCUCCUGUUUUGAGAAGGGAGGAUAUUCAAGUUUACCUGUUGGGACUGUUUCUAGACUGCAGAUUUUUCAUUGAUCUGUUGUAUUCUGGUGAGAAUGAUUUUCAGACUCGGUGACUUUACUGCACCCCACCAGUGAUGAUCUAUAUUGUGCUGUGUCUGAACCUUUGCUUUCAGGACUCUGAGACUGCAGAUAUUUAAAAGAAUUUGCUCGUGUAGUCUUGUUGACAGUAGCGGUUCCUAGAGAAGAACUGUCAUUCCUGUUCUUACUGUAGCAACAAGCGAAUGAUGUGCAAUAUAGUACAAGCAGACAACUGGAAGAGUUUUAUUUUGGACACACUUCCAUCCCCUGGCUUCUGACAGGGCUGCAAUUCCAUGUGUUCCUUCCGAGGUGUUUGUCCCUAGUCCCGAAAGGAUGUGCUGCACUGCUCCUGUGCUGCUGCUUUGCUGAAGAGAGCUCUUCCCACCAACAAUCUUCUGGACUGCUGGAGCUCUUUGUGUGGCCCUUGGCGGGUGUCACAUGGCCAAGGGUGUGUGUCAGUGUGGAUUUUUCCAUGUGGUGAAGCUCCAGUGCUGUGCUGCACUCAUUAAAUAACACAGCAGAGUGCAGCUUUGGCACGAGCUUUCUGUUGCAUGUAGGGAGCACGGGGUACUCUGUAAACAUAGUAAACUCAGUUUUUAGCUGUGUUAAAAUUAACCAGGUGGCAAUAAUUUGUGGAUCAGAACACUCAUUCUGGUCUGGGUUUCCAUCUCAGCUUUGUCAGACUGUUUGGUGGUUUACCCCUUUUCCUUUUUUCAAAUGUUAUUUCCUGGAAACUCCUUCCCUGGUAACUUUUUCUACUUCCAACUCUGGGACCUCUCCAAGAGCUUGAUGUUAAUGUGAAACUUGAACUGCUGUCAGAUGUGACCAGCUCUGGCAGGAUGGAACAAACGUGCCGCUUUGCCUCUGGCUGAUGUGACACAGGAAAAACACCUU